UGUCCAGACCGAUCACCUUGCAGUCUCCAUCAUGGCAGGAAACUCUUCAGUGGGCAUUUUGAGUAAUGCUUUCUUGGCUGUGGAAUACGUGGACUCAUUUCUACCUCCUAACCCCCUCCAGCCUCCACUCAAACAGGCAUGGGGCUACAUGCUGGACAACUACACCAAAUUUCAGAUCGCCACCUGGGGCUCUCUCAUCGUCCAUGAGUUCAUCUACUUUCUGUUCUGCCUACCCGGUUUCCUCUUCCAGUUCAUGCCAUUUAUGCAGAAAUACAAGAUUCAGCAGGAUAAGCCAGAGACAUGGGAGAAACAGUGGAGGUGUUUCAAGAUGCUGCUGUUCAAUCAUUUCUGUAUCCAGCUCCCUUUGAUAUGUGGAACAUACUACUUUACAGAGUACUUCAACAUUCCUUAUGACUGGGACUCAAUGCCACGCUGGCCAUACAUCCUGGCUCAGUGCUUUGGUUGCGCAGUUGUGGAGGACACCUGGCACUAUUUCCUUCACAGACUUCUGCACCAUCGUCGGAUCUAUAAAUACAUUCACAAGGUUCACCAUGAGUUCACUUCUCCUUUUGGGAUGCAGGCCGAAUAUGCCCACCCUCUGGAGACUCUUAUCCUGGGAGCUGGCUUUUUCAUUGGAAUCAUGAUCUUCUGUAACCACGUUUUCUUCCUGUGGGCCUGGGUGUCCUUCCGUCUGCUGGAGACUAUUGACGUGCACAGUGGCUAUGACAUCCCACUCAACCCAAUGCACCUAAUUCCAUUCUACGCCGGGGCCCGCUUCCAUGACUUCCACCACAUGAACUUUGUUGGGAACUACGCCUCUACUUUCACCUGGUGGGAUAAGCUUUUCAAUACGGACAACCAGUACAACAAAUUCAUGAAUAAAAAGGACAACAAGAAAGAACAGUAACCUGCUCACUAAUGGACUUGAUACACUACAACUAUGUGCCUUUUGCAUUAGAGGAACAAUGCCUGUGUUAUCUGUUCUGUUUGGCACUGAAAAAUAAAUGUUCUUCCAUUUUAUUAUUGCUUCUUUAUCAGACUCAGAAUGGCUCAGCACUUUAGUACUUCCUCUUUAAGGGAAUUACAAAAUACACAAUUGCAAUUUGUCCAACGUAUAUUAGGAGAAACUGCCUAAACCAGCUACUACCCAGAGAAAGUAGUUUUGUUGUAAAUGUAUUUAACUAUAAACAAAUUUAUUUCAUUAACCACUUAAAUCCUGUUUGACUGCACACAUAAUUGCCUUUAUUUUGGGGUUUGUAUAUUGUAUGCUUAAAUAAAACUGUAGCCC